UCCCUUCCCUUCCCUUCCCUUCCCUCCCGGCGGGCUCUUUGGGUGAAGGGAUCCAGCCUUGUCCCCCCUCCUCGGCAGAGGGACACGCGUGAGGUGGUGGCCAUCAAAUGUGUCAACAAGAGGAGCCUGAACCGGGCAUCGGUGGAGAAUCUGCUGACAGAGAUCGAGAUCCUCAAGACCAUCCGCCAUCCCAACAUUGUGGAGCUCAAGGACUUCCAGUGGGACGGUGACCACAUCUACCUGAUCAUGGAGUUCUGCGCCGGGGGGGACCUGUCCCGCUUCAUCCGCACGCGCCGCGCGCUCCCCGAGACGGUGGCGCGCGUCUUCCUGCAGCAGCUCGCCUGCGCCCUGAAGUUCCUCCACGACCGCAACAUCUCCCACCUGGACCUGAAGCCGCAGAACAUCCUCCUGAGCGCCCCGGAGAGCCCCCAGCUGAAGCUGGCAGAUUUCGGCUUUGCUCAGUACAUGUCCCCGUGGGACGAGAAGCACGUGCUGCGUGGCUCCCCGCUCUACAUGGCCCCCGAGAUGGUGUGUCGGCAGCACUACGACGCCCGCGCCGACCUGUGGUCGGUGGGCGUCAUCCUUUACGAAGCACUUUUUGGGAAGCCGCCCUUCGCUUCCCGCUCCUUCGCCGAGCUGGAGGAGAAGAUCCGCAGCGACCGGGCUGUGGAGCUUCCCAGCUGGCCCCAGCUCUCUCUGGAAUGCCGGGAUCUCUUGGCACAGCUGCUGGAGAGGGACCCUCGGAAGCGCAUCUCCUUCGAGUGCUUCUUCGCCCACCCCUUUGUGGACAUGGAGCACAUCCCCGGCCCCGAGAGCCUGGGCAAGGCGACCGACCUGGUGGUGGAGGCGGUGAGGAAGGACCAGGAGGGAGACGCCAAAGCUGCCUUCUCCCUCUACCGCAAAGCCCUGGAGUAUUUCGUGCCAGCACUGCACUAUGAAAGCGACGCGCGGCGCAAAGAAGCCAUCCGGGCCAAGGUGAGGCAGUACAUCUCCCGAGCAGAGGAGCUGAAGGUGCUGGUCACCUCCAGCAACAAGAACCUCCUGGAGAAAGGAAACCCGGCCAGAGAGCUCCUUAAAGAGAUGGCCAAGGACAAGCCUCGGCUCUGCGCCGCGCUGGAAGUGGCUUCAGCUGCCAUCGCCAAGGAGGAGGAAGGCAGGGAUGACAGUGACGCCCUGGAGCUGUACCAGCAGAGCUUGGGGGAGCUGCUGCUGCUCCUGGCCGCGGAGCCGGCGGGGCGGCGGCGGGAGCUGCUCCACGCCGAGAUCCAGACCCUGAUGGCCCGAGCCGAGUACCUGAAGGAUCAGAUCAAGAUGCGGGAGGCACAAUCCAUGGGCAAAGAGGCGCUGGCAGAGUCCGUCCGGAGCGCCUGUACCUUGCAGUGACUCCCGGGAGCCGCCCCGCGGGACGCCGCUCGCUGCCCUGCCUGGAGCCGCCGGCGCUGAGACCUGAGACGAGGCUUCUGUCCCCCCCCCCUGCGGGGGUGACAC